AUGCCACUAAAUUUAGAUAUAAAGAAGAAAUUAAAUUCACGGAUAGGUAAAGUAAAAUGUGUUGAUAUUCAUGAGAGUGAGAAUUGGAUAUUAGCUUCGUUAUAUAGUGGUAAGCUAGUUAUAUUUGAUUAUGUUAAUCAGAAUACAAUAAAGAAUAUUGAGGUUUCUGCAUUUCCUAUAAGAUGUGCAAAAUUUAUUGAGAAAAAACAAUGGAUAAUAUGUGGUGGUGAUGAUAUGACUAUAAGAGUUUAUAAUUAUAAUACGUUUGAAAAAAUAAAAUCUUUUGAAGAUCAUACAGAUUAUAUUAGAUAUAUUGAAGUUCAUCAGACUUUACCUUAUAUAUUAACAAGUUCAGAUGAUAUGACUAUAAAAUUAUAUGAUUAUGAAAAUAAUUUUGAGAAAUUAUGUUCUUUUGAAAAUCAUAUUCAUUAUGUUAUGAUGUGUAAAUUUAAUCCUAAAGAUACUUAUAUAUUUGCUUCAGCUUCUUUAGAUAAAACUAUUAAAAUAUGGGGUGUACAAAAUAAUACAUCUGUAGUAACAAAACCUCAUUUUACUUUAUCUGGUCACACCAAAGGUGUUAAUUGUAUUGAUUAUUCAUGUUCAGGAGAAACUUCCUAUAUUAUUAGUGGUAGUGAUGAUAAAACUAUUCGUAUAUGGGAUUAUCAUACAAAGCAAUGUAUACAAGUAUUAAGUGGUCAUACACAAAAUAUAUCUUGUGUAAUAUAUCAUAGUAAUUUGCCAAUUAUACUUUCUUCAUCUGAAGAUUGUAAUGUAAAGAUAUGGAAUAGCUCAAUGUUUAAAUUAGAAAGCACAUUAAAUUAUAAUAUGGAUAGAUGUUGGUCCUUAUGUGCUAAAAAGACAAAGAAUGAUUUAUGUAUUGGUUAUGAUGAAGGUUUAGUUGUUAUACAAAUAGGUUCAGAUGUUCCUAUAUAUACAAUGUUUAAAAAUAAAAUUAUAUAUAUAAAGAAUACAGAUAUAUUUAUUAUUAAUUUACAAAAUGUACAAGAAGAAAAUUAUAAUGAUGGAGAUAUAUAUAAAGUAAAUAAAAAAGAAUUAGGAAAUUGUGAUUUUUAUCCAACUAAUGUAUCAUUCCAUCCAAGUGGAAGAUUUAUAUGUGUUAAUGGACAUCAUGAAUUUAAUAUAUAUACAUCUCAAGUAUUAAGAAAUAAAGCAUAUGGAAAAAGCUCUUUUUUUGUAUGGUCUCAUACAGGAGAUUAUGCUAUAAAAGAUGAAGGGAAUAAAGUAAGUAUAUAUAAAGACUUUACUUCUCAUCAUACAUUUCAAACACCAUAUAACAUAACACAAUUAUUUGGAGGAUACUUAUUAGGUGUUAAAUCAAAUAAUUUUAUUUGUUUUUAUGAUUGGAGUGAUUAUUCAUUAAUAAGAAAAAUUGACAUUAAUGUAAAAAAUGUCUUUUGGAAUGAUUCUGGUACAUAUGUAGCUUUAUCAACAGAAGAUAGCAUAUAUAUAUUAAAUUAUUUGAAUUCUGAUGGAAACUUAUCAAAAGAUAAUAUAAACAAAAACAAUGAUAACACAAAUAAUAAUAAUAAUAAUAAUAAUAAUACUAAUGGAAGUAUUGAAUUGAUUGGUGUAAAAAAUAGAAACACAAAUCAUCCACAACAUGAAGAAAAUAAAAUGGAUGAAGAAAAUUAUUUCCAAUUAGAAAGUGAAAUAAAUGAAUCAAUAGAAAGUGGUAUAUGGAUUUAUGAUAGUUUUCUUUAUAUAUCUAAAAAUUUAAGAUUGUAUAUUUAUACUAAGAAAUUUAUUGAUAUAUAUGCUUAUAUCGAUAAAUAUUUAUAUAUUUGUGGUUAUGUAUAUGAAUAUGAUCGUAUAUUUUUAUUAGAUAAAAAUUUUAAUUUUUAUAGUUUCUUUUUACCAAUAACAUAUUUACAAUAUCAGAAAUAUAUAAUGGGUCAAGAUUUUAUUGCUGCAGAUAAUAUCAUGAAAAAUAUACCAGAAUCUUUAUAUAAUAAAUUAAGUUUAUUCUUAGAAAAAAUGGGUUAUAAAAAUAAAGCAUUAAAUAUUUGUAAUGAUUUAGAAAAGAAAUUUGAGCUAUCUUUAUCAAUUGGGAAUUUACAAUUAUGUGUAGAUAUAAUUAAUGAAUUAGAAAGAAAAGAAAAUGAUUCAUUUGUACAUAAUAAAUAUAAAAAAUUAGGAGAUACCGCUUUAGUAUAUAAUGAUAUACCUAUGGCUAUAUACUGUUAUAAAAAAACAAAUGACUUUUCUUCAUUAUUAAUAAUUUUAUCAACACUUGGAGAUAAAAUAGGAAUAGAAGAAUUAGGACAAAUGUGUUUAAAUCAUCAAAAAUUUAAUAUUGCAUUUAUUUGUUAUUUUUUACUACAUAAAAUUAAUAAAUGUAUAGAUAUCUUAUUAUCUAAUAAUAAUUUUGCAUAUGCUGCAUUCUUCUCAAGAGUAUACAAACCAUCUUCACUACCAACUAUAUUAAAGAAAUGGAAAGAACACUUAAAUAAAGUCUAUCCAAAUAUGCCAGUCAAAUUGUUAAAUCCUGAAGAAAAUCCUGAAUAUUUUCCUGAUUAUGAUAAAGCGCUUGAAUGUGAAAAAAUAUUUGAUAAAGUGAAUACUAUUGGAAGUACCAAAAAUUAUAGUACUUUAAAAAAAUUAAUUGAUCUAAAUAUUGUAGAAGAAAUAAAAGAAAUAGGAUAUGAUAAGGUUGAAGAUAUUUUUAUUAAACAAUUUAAUGAAGAAUUAGAAAAGGAUAUUCAAAAUUUUGAUCAAAAUGGUAAUAUAUUGAAAAAUGAAGAAAGCAAAAAUAAAAACAUGAACAAAAAGGAAGACAAUAAGGAGGAUAAUAAGGAACAUAAUAAUAAGGGCGAUAAAAAGGAGGAUGAUAAAUUCUGUAAAAUGGAAGAUAAUGAAUUAUUAAGUAAUAUACAAAUGCAAGAAGACAAUAAUAAAAUUAAUUCAUAUUCAAUAAAUUCAAAUCAAAGUAUGGAUGAAGAUUUAUUAUAA